AGUAUAUAAGUUCGAUUCGGUCGAUCACGUUUGAUCAGAAUUUCACUUUCAAUAUAUCGGCUGUGUUACGUUGUCUCAUUUUUACUUUAUCGCGCUAUUUCACUCUCUUGUGCCGAUAAAUCACAAAUAUGUGUAGAGCCCUCCAGAACCAUGAAAAAAAAUAGUUUCUAUUUACGUCAAACGGAACGAUGUAAAGGCAUCAACUCACGUCAUCCUCAUCCGUCAUUUUUUAUCUGCACCGCCCGCCAUUUCUAUUUAGUCGUGGUCCUACAAUGCCGGCUUCCUAUUUCUAUUACAUUUCUGAUAAGAACUGUGCUAUUUCAAGUUAUAACUAGCACACGAGUACAAUUCUCAUUGUUCCUCAUAUCCUCCGUUGCCUGAUAUCGGUUGAACAGGCAAGUAUUGUCUUUAACCUCAAGGGUUUUCGUACUGUGACAUGUAUUUCGAUUCGUUAUAAACUAUAAUAAUGUUUUGAACGUGUACUAUCUUAUCGUAUUGCAUAUUAGUUACCUACUUCCUUGUUUAUAACUGACCCCUGACAGUUUGAAGUGCAUUUUAGAUGAAUAAGUUGAAGUUACUUAAAAUAUGUUAAGGUAAAUCCCUAUUAUUAUUUUUAUUAUAAAGAGACUUAUCAGCUCUUUGCUUUCAGAGGGCAAACUGGAAAAAUGAAGCAGAUAUACAAAUACAGCCUCAGCCUGCUCUUGGCGUUAGCUGCAUACGUGACUGCCUCCAAAUACAUCUUUGACAAAGUGUUUGAUACAACACAAAUAGUCAUUGAUGAGUUAUUCCACAUCCCGCAAGGCGUGGCGUAUUGUGAGCGGAAUUUUACACACUGGGACCCUAAGAUCACGACUCUGCCAGGCCUGUAUUUAGUGUCCGCUGCCUUUCUCGGAACAUACAUACCUUGUGACACAUACCAUUUACGAUUAGUCAACUUAGUGGCUUCUUGUGUAAAUCUGCUCUUAUUUUCCUCAAUAUUAAAGUUUGUUUACGGAAGCAACACUGAAAGCCAGUUUAAAAUAGUGUUACAAGCAUUUAAUUUAGCUAUACUUCCGCCUCUGUAUUUCUUUUCGCAUGUGUAUUAUACUGAUACUCUUUCACUGACAUUUCUAUUGGCGUUUUCUCGGUUAUGUUUCACGAGUCGUCAUAAAUUUUUCAUUUUAGUGUUCGGUCUGUGCAGUGUUUUGAUGCGUCAGACGAAUAUAGUGUUUAUAGCAAUGGUGUUAGGUCACAAAGUGCUAGAUAUUAUGAUAAAGAGCUCAAGAGUAUUCGGCAAUAAGUAUUUAACUAAAACUUUGUUGGAUAAACAUUCUGUUAUCGCUCGGGAUGUUGAUGCUUCAAAGUUAAAACGGUAUUAUAGUAUGAAUGAUGUGUUUCUGGCAUUAGGGUACCAUAUAACAACAUGUUUUGGCACGUUUUUCAAGUUCCUAACAAAACAAGACUGGUUAAUAAUACUUACGCACAGUGUAACUCUAAUUUCGUUUAUAAGUUUUGUUUAUAAAAACGGUUCUAUAGUUGUCGGUGAUAAAAACGCCCAUGAGGCAAGUCUGCAUUUACCUCAAAUGCUAUAUUUCCUUAUAUUCUAUGGGAUAUUUGGAUUACCAUAUCUGGUGGCAAAAUUACCAUCAACUUUGAGGCUUAUGGCGAGAAAUAAAACUAAAAUCGUACUAUUUGGGAUUCUUUUUACUAUAAUAGUUCAUUUCAAUACUGUAACACACCCAUACUUACUUGCAGAUAAUCGGCAUUAUACUUUUUAUGUAUGGAACAGAUGGUUCGGAAAAUAUGCAUUUGCGAAAUAUGCAACUGUUCCCGCUUAUAUAUUUUUUCUCUUCAGUUUGUAUGAUAAUUUAAAAGACCAGAAUUGUAUUUCAUUCCUUUUGCCAUAUACUAUUAGUUUAUUUUUGGUGUUAGCGUUACAGAAAAUGAUUGAAAUAAGAUAUUUCUUAGUCCCAUACAUAGUUUUACGAUUAAGAUUUAUAAGACCUACAUAUAAAAUUGUUAUAUUUGAAUUUGUAUGGUAUUUGAUUAUUAAUAUUGUUACGUUUAAUUUGUUUUUCCAAAAGGAGAUAAUGUGGAAUGAUUUUGAUUAUGUGCAGAGAAUUAUAUGGUAAUGUUAAAUGCCUAAGUAUAGAAUAUAUAUAGUAUUUGAA